GGUGCGAGUCUGAGAAGACUCUCCUCGCGUCCGCCGCGGCUCCUCUCCACGCUGUGGUCGUCGUCACCGCCGUCUCCGAGCCUCGUACAGGCCUUCGUGUUCCCCACCGUUCGAUAUCCCCCAUGGCGGCGAUCUAUAGUCUCUUCAUCAUCAACAAAUCCGGCGGUCUCAUCUUCUACAAGGAUUACGGAUCGGCGGGGCGGAUGGACACGAAUGACAGCCUGCGGUUGGCGAGCUUGUGGCACUCGAUGCACGCCAUCUCGCAGCAGCUGUCGCCCACCACCGGUUGCGCCGGCAUUGAACUCCUACAAGCUCACACCUUUGAUCUCCACUGCUUCCAGUCCCUCACUGGAACAAAGUUUUUUGUUGUCUGCGAGCCUGGCACGUUGCAUAUGGAAGCUUUGCUGAAAGUGAUCUAUGAGUUAUACACAGAUUAUGUUCUGAAGAACCCAUUCUAUGAGAUGGAGAUGCCAAUUCGGUGUGAACUUUUUGAUCUCAACCUCUCUCAAGUGAUCCAAAAAGACCGUGUUGCCUUGUUAGGGAGAUGAACAGUAUUCCUGACUAUAAUUAUGUAGUUUUCUUCUUCUUAUUCUUCUUCUUCUUUUGUGUGUGGGUUUGUUUCAUUAGACAAGACUACAAGUUAAUUCCUAUGGAAUAUUGUAUUGCCAAACUAUUUGAGUUUUCUCUCCUUACGUAAAAGGUAAGUUCUAUUUGUGUUUU